AACACCGACCUCGAAAAGUUGUACACGGAUCUACGUGAAGAUAUCAUGUCAAUUAGACAUCCGUCUAAUUAUACGGACCUAUUUACAGUUAAUCAAGUGACACACUUAAAGUACUCGUUCCUCCAGCGUCUUUACACUAUGUCUUUGGAGAAGACCGAACUCUCUCCGUUGGAGGUUCUGGAAUUCGAUAUGGGUUCAUCUACUUCAUUUAUCAACUCGUCCAAGUCGUAAUCAAAGUUAUUGGGGUUACGGUCAACGUCUAACCGUUCCUUUCUUCUUUUCGUCUGAAGGUGGUUAAGCUUCAACUUGACGGGGACAUCAUCGGCGGUGAAUUUUCUGAGGCCGGUGGCUUUUGCCUUGGUUUCCUGCUGAAGUUGUUGAUCUGGAGGAACAUACCCGGACGUUUGGGGGAGCUGCGAUGGCCCUGAACGUCCCCGAGCCUUGGACUUCUGGUUUGGCUCAUACAGAUAGUUGACCAAUUUCAGCCAGUACGGGAGCAAGACCACCAACCCCACAAGAACAACGGUUAGAAUCAAAAGUGUCACAAACAUCUUGGGCGUACAGAAAUUUUUCUCCAACUGUGGUUGAUGCGCACCAAUGACAACUUUUAUUUGCAUCACCACUGGAUAUGAUAAAACAGGUUUCCAAGAUUGCCGGUAGACGCUUAACACCAGCACAAUGCCUGUUGGUUAUGGGCAUGAGUGUCAAGAAUCUCGGUUCAGGUGCGCUUCUCAAUCAUCUCCCUGUUUUCCAGUCCACGAAGUCACCUUUUUCCAUCAUCUCCAGACCCUACACCGUGGACCGGCUAGGCAACGAUAUUGACUCCAAGAUCGACCAGAUUUCUAACGCCCAGUACGACGAUAUCUCCAACCAUUACCUCGACACCCUCAGCGACGAAAUCGACCUUAUUUCCGAAACCCACGAAAAUGUCGAAUUCGACUUGAACCAAGGUGUGUUAACAUUGAGCACCGGUAGUGGAACCUAUGUUAUUAACAGACAGCCUCCCAACAAACAAAUCUGGCUCAGCUCGCCAUUGACGGGACCCAACCGGUACGAUCUUAUUGGUGGGAAAUGGAAGUCGUUGCGAGACAACGGAGAGUUGACCCAGCUCCUAUCCAGAGAAUUGUCGGAUAUUUUGGGCACCUCCAUCCAAUUACAAUUGGACAAUUAAUCACGUCCCCUGGAAUUAUGUAAACUGACGAAUAUUUAUUGACCCCUUUGUAUAUACACUCAGCUUUAAAGUAGUGGGUACAAACUAGUAGAAUUUUUUUACCCAUUUGGAUUAAUACAAGCGGAAUAGAUGACAACCAACCCUUUCGCUUACAGGCCCUACGUUGACACUACUGGCUAUAUUCGUUUCGAAAAUCUCCUUGUCGCUACCGUCUGUUAACAUCCAACCAGGUCAAUGUCUAGUUGUUGGCACCCACUCGGUUUUAUUUCUAGCCCCAGCCUCUACAGAUCCAACAACACCAAUUACACCAAUUAUACCCUCUUUUUCUGUUUCGGGUAUAACUGCAAUCAUUAAGCCCCUGUAUAGGUUUAGGUAACCAGGUGCCACAAAAUCAAUUAGACCCAGUUGCAAGGAGCAUACGGAGACAUUAACAACGCAACUCUUCGCGCACUGGAGAUUUUACCUCGCAAUGGCACCCACUUUUAUGUUGAAAGGACCCAUACGUGGGAGUGAUCGGGUAUCUGUGUACUCCACUGCGAUAAUAGGCUCCCGUGGACGAGAGAUGCCAGAGGCACAAACUUUAACGGUC